CUCCGUGUCACAGUACCAUAGGCAGUUAGCCUGCGUCAUCAUAGUGCCGAAGCUGAUCAAGGUCGAUAGGAUUGCGCAGCAGCCGAAUUACACCUUGGUAAUGGACUCCUUCCCCGCAGAUGAUCCCACGGAACCACACGCCCCACGGUAUCUGGUUGGCCCUUGUGCAUGCCUCGGAUACGUAGCGUACUUAUACAGCAUUUUAAAAUCCAGAUUCUUCAAUCUGCUGCUUCCUGUUGAUUGUGUCGAUGUUGCAAAACGAUGGCGGUCAUCUCUGAAUCAAUCCUAUAUGUAUCGCAGCAUGUCGAGGGUGUCCUUUUCCUUCUCGCUGCACUGUAUCUGGUUUCCAAUUACCUCACCCCAGGGGUACGCAAUGUGCCGGGGCCAUUCCUAGCAAAGUUUUCCAAUCUGUGGAGGUUCCUCGACGUCGCCAACGGUCAUGCUGAGGCCACCUUGUACAAACUGCAUCAGAAGUACGGGGACUAUGUACGACUCGGACCAAAUGUGGUGAGCGUACGAAAUUUGGAUGCGUUGAAAGCUAUAUAUGGCAUCAACAAGGGUUAUCCGGAAGACGAACUUCUAUCAUGUGCAGCAGCAGUUAGCCAAGGGAAAACCGACUCCCACGCUCUUUACUACAACGGAUGAAGACUUCCACGCUGCUAUCAAACGACCUGUAUCAGGUGCAUACUCGAUGAGUACUCUGACCGAAUUCGAGCCCUUUGUCGACAAGACGAUUCAGACUCUGUUUAAGAAGCUGGACGAGUUUGUGACCGGGAACGAGGUUUGUGAUAUUGCGGUCUGGAUGCAGUACUAUGCAUUUGACGUGAUUGGGGAAAUGACUUUCAGUAAACCACUUGGCUUCUUAGAAAAAGGCGGGGACGUUGACGGUAUUAUUGCGGCCAUUGAGCAUAUGCUGGACUACUCGGGGAAGAUUGGCCAAAUGCCAUGGCUCGAUUAUAUCUUUAUCAAGAACCCACUGAGACAGCUUAUCCAAGGAGGUUCGACCGGUGCAGUGGCUCGGUUUGCGCGAGCUCGCCUGGAUGAGAGGUUGACGCACUCAAAGUCAGGAGCGGAGGAAGCUCGAGACCCCACCAAGACACACCGGGACUUCCUUUCGCGCUUCCUAGAGGCAAAGAAAGAACACCCAGAGAUUGUGACUGAUAACCAGGUCUUCUCAUAUACCGUGAGCAAUGUGAAUGCCGGCUCCGAUACCACAGCCAUCUCGCUGAGAGCCAUUCUUUACUACACCCUCAAAAACCCAAGGGUCAUGGCGAAGCUAUAUGAAGAACUCACCACGGCUGAUCAAGAAGGCAGAAUCUCCCUGCCCGUAUCUUGGAAGCAAAGUCAAGAAGAGCUACCCUAUCUCGACGCAGUGAUCAAGGAAGCGCUCCGCCUCCAUCCCGCCGUCGGACUACUUCUCGAACGAAUUGUCCCCACAGGUGGACUCCAGCUUCCCAACGGUGGGCCGUUUUUGCCGGUCGGCACCAUUGUCGGCGCUAACCCCUGGAUUAUCCACCGUCACUCCAUCUUCGGAGAGGAAGUUGACUCCUUUGUGCCGGAACGCUGGUUGCAGGCGGAUGGGGAGUCUGAAACGACCUUUCGUGCGCGGAGGCAACGGAUGCUCAGCGCAACAUUCACCUUUGGAGCUGGGCCGCGGACGUGCAUUGGGAAGAACAUUAGUCUGUUAGAGAUUUAUAAGCUGAUUCCUUCUCUAUUUCUGACAUAUAAGAUCGAGCUUGAGCAUCCGCACAAGGAUUGGCAAACUGUCAACGCGUGGUUUGUGCGUCAAAAACAUAUGGACGUCAGAUUGGCUCGCUAUAGUUUUCCAUAGCAGUGAGUAGCAUGACGAAUUAGCGCUAGGAUAGCGCCGACUUGUUUGCAACCCCGCACAAUGCCGAGAAUGGGAAAUCUAGGAGAGCCAAUGGGCGCGAUAGCUUCGGCGGCAUCUUCGUUGGCGCGGAAAGGGGGGCUUGGUUGAAAACCAGGCCUACACUUGCAUUGCACUUGUGGUAGG